UAUGACAAUCAAGAACCAUGCUUAUGUACACCACCGAGAACUCCGAGAAAUCGAUCUUCAAACCCGAACAAAGUAACAAGAUGAUUUUGUUUGAACUUAAUAUUAAUUCUAGGCGAGAUGCUCUUUCCUAAAACAUCAUUUCCUCCUUACUACGGUGCUUGGGAAUAAAUCAGAAAUAUGUUAAUUAUACUAAAUUCCUAGGUCUAUAUAUUCUAAAUGCUCAACACCUUCUUUUACCUGUUCAAUUUCAUAAGCCUUGUUUAUCUCCAAUUGGAUUAUGUUCAUUUUACCAACAAUACUUAAAUUUAGUGUUGAAUUUGAACACCGUUUGACUCAAAUCUCCUAAAGCUUGGUUCUUUUCUCAAAAUAAUAAUGAGUUUUUGGGAAUGAAUCCAUUUGGAAAUACCUAUCUUUGCGUUGACAAAAAAAAUCGUUAAUCAAUGUGACAACAAAUGAAGCUAACUAAUACGCAAUAGUAGCAAUUUUAUGGUGCAAAGAUAAGGAACAUUAGCUACUGCACUAUUAGCAACAGUACCACCUUCACGUACAGUAGAUAUUGCAAAAUAACAGCUUCAUAAUGCAAAGAUGAUGAUCAGUAGUAGCUACUGUUUAGAUAAUAAUCAAAACAUUGUGAAAGAAUAGCUGCAUUUCCGAACAUUGUGAGACAAAGGAACGGAAACGUAAAAGUGAGGAGCAACCGUUGAUUCAAAUGUAUUCAACAACAUAGUCGAGAACAGGAUACUCGAAUGAUCUUUAUUAGAUCUACAAUAGACCAAGCUUUAAGAUAUAAUUUCGAUGGAAUUGACUUGUAUUUGAAGGAAAAUCAGAGUCGUGUAGACGAAAUGAACAACUUAGGACAAUUGAUCAUUGAUUUCCGGGCGGAAAUCAGGCGUAGAGAUCUGAAUUUGCUGUUAAGUGUUAACUGCUGCUCUUUAUAAUAGAGCAAAUGUUCCAUGGGGUGCGCCUAACCCUAGAUUUACCGUACAUGCCAUUAACGCUAACCUAGAUUGGGCUAAUGUCAUGGCUUAUGACAUAAAUGUUUCCGGUAACGGUGGAGUCACUAUGCCCCAUGCUCCACUUUUCGUACCUGUAAAUACUGAAAACCAGCAGCUGGGCAUGGAUUCCGGAAGUGCUGGGGUUCAAUCUUGGAUUGAUAACGGUUUGUCUCCUGCAAAGAUCGUGUUCGGAUUGCCCUUUUAUGGGUAUGCUUAUGAGCUCGAAAACCCUCGCAAUCGUGGUAUUUUAGCUCCUAUAUUCGGUCGAGAUAAUGGUGUACUGUUCGGUGCAUCAGGCAGCUAUGAUCGCAUAAGGACAUUUAUUGAACAGCAGGACGCUGUUCAUCAAUACGAUGAAAAUUAUGUAGCUGAUUACUGCUAUGAUGAUCAAGUUUGGAUUUGUUAUGAUGACAAAAGGUUACCUACGGUAUCGUUUUUCUCGGUCAUAGCGUUAGGGGAAGGAAAAAGGGAGGGGAGGAAGGGUGUGAGAUGCACGUGGUAA